GAAAUAGCUGCUCGUGGGUUUUCGAACUCCAUGAGCGCACCUCGGCGUCUCCUUCAGUUUCCUCUCUCCCGUAGUAUAUCCAUCGGGGAUUUCAAUUCAAAUAAUUUUAGCUCGAGGAUUUCGUUUUCAAGCGCUAUGGUGACAAGGGAAGGGAAUAUGUAGCCUUUGACAUGUGGGGUCCAAGUCUGAAACACGGCAGGCCAGUCCGACGGCCUGGCCUCGUUUCAUUUCCCCUCCCCUCUCCGCCGCCGUCGUUGCUGGCCUCCUCCGGCACUGCACUGCGCACGGAGUCCAUCCCCACGUCCAUGAUCUCACUCGCGCCGUAUCCCGUACGAGCAUGGCGGCGGUCUGCAGGGGGCGGCGAGGGAGAAGGUGGUGCUCUCACGGAGGAGGAGGGGCAGCACAAAUUCGGGCCAUCUCCUCGAUUUCAGUCCGCGCUUGGGGCUCGGCGCUCUGGCCCGCGCCGCCGGUGGGAAAGCACCGCAAGGUGAGGGAGAGGCAAGGAAUGGACGACCUUCUGCUUAGUUUUCCUUUACGGAUUUAUUUACCUUUAGUGUGAGAGAUUGUUCAGGUAGGAAAUCGCCCCUGCUGGUCCCAUAGUCACCAAGUCGGAUGGUGGUAUCAUAUUCUCGGUUUGGUUGCUGAUAGAGACUUGCAUUCUAACCUGGCAUGGAAUUCUCUAGUCAUGAAUGUGUGAAACAGUGCAGCCAUGUUUUGUCUGGCUCCAAGGUGGGAACAUGUGGUGCUGCAAAUCACACUGUCACCCUUGAGCCGUGAGCAACACUGGCACCAUGUCCACACCUGCUCGGCCGGCAGCUUGUUCGAGAAUUCAGGCUUGCUGCCGCUCUCUCUGUCGUUCCUUGUGUCAAGAAUCGUCGCGUCCUCAUUAAGGAUAUCCUGAUGUCAUCGUGUAAACAGAGACAAGCAAUGUGUGUAUGCUGUCACUUUCUCCUUUUUCUUUCGGGGACAUGGGUUCGUUGGUCACUAGUGGGUAGUUGUGUAGGCAAUUGCAUAGUUUAGUUUUUCGAAAAGUAUGCAUGUUAAAAGGCUAAAGUUUGAUACCUUCUUCCUGAAGUAGAUAUUGCAUUGCCUAUAAAUCAAGGGGUAACCAAGCAGCUCCUAGUUACUUGUAGCUAUGGCAGUUCAGAUGGCAUGAUCACGCCGUUUUGGGGGAUGUUUGUGCAACCGUCAAAGAUGGCAGGAUGAUGGUGGUGGACAUGAACUCAAGUAUGAUGAUUACUGUAUGCCCGGAUGGUGGAAGAGUAUAUCUGAAGUAAAAAAAUACCAUAACCAAUCCUAAUCACAAUUUGGGAUGGAUCUGAAGAAGAAUUGACCAUACGCGUAACAUAUUGGUCCAUAUGCGAUUGGGUUUUCUAGCAUCUGCUUCAGUAGUUUAGGCAGCAGAAAGACAGUAGGCAAGUCUUGAGGGAGGGAUUGAAGUAUAAUUGGUUAGAUCUUCAACAAAGGCAGCUAGCCAGACAUGAAGAUUACUACAAUCAUGCAGUUUAUCUUGGGGCUCAUUGUUUGCAACGUCAUCAUCUGUGGCUCCCUGUAUGGAAAUGAGACAGACCAAUUGUCACUGCUUGAAUUCAAGAAUGCAAUCACCCUCGAUCCAAAGCAAUCCUUGAUGUCCUGGAAUGACAGUACCCACUUUUGCAAUUGGGAAGGUGUUCAUUGCAGGAUGAAGAAUCCAUACCGUGUCACUUCUCUUAACCUUACAAAUCGAGGUUUAGUCGGUCAAAUCUCUCCUUCACUUGGAAAUCUAACAUUCCUAAAACAUCUACUCCUACCGACAAAUGGGUUUACUGGGACAAUUCCUCCAUCCCUUGGUCAUUUGCAUCGCCUUCAAAACCUCUACCUGAGCAAUAACACACUGCAAGGGAGGAUACCUAGUCUGGCAAACUGUUCAAACCUCAAGGCUCUAUGGCUGGAUAGAAAUCAACUAGUUGGGCGAAUUCCUGCAGACUUGCCUCCUUACCUUCAAGUGCUGCAACUUUCAGUUAACAAUCUGACUGGAACCAUCCCUGCCUCUCUUGCCAACAUCACAGUGCUAAACCAGUUCAACGUUGCGUUUAAUAAUAUUGAGGGUAACAUCCCGAAUGAGAUUGCAAAGUUACAUGCGCUCCAUAUUCUGAACGUGGGUAGCAAUCAAUUGACAGGCAUGUUUCAACAGGCCAUCUUGAACCUUUCUACUCUUGUUACCCUUAACCUUGGUCCAAAUCAUUUAAGUGGUGAGGUACCAUCCAAUCUUGGUAUCUCUCUACCCAGUCUCCAAAACUUCGCAUUAGCCGAUAACUUCUUUCAUGGAAAAAUCCCAUCUUCUUUGAUCAACGCAUCCCAGAUACACAUUUUUGAUAUAUCAAAAAAUAAUUUCACAGGAUCGGUGCUUCGGUCCAUUGGCAAACUUUCCGAACUCACAUGGUUAAACCUUGAGUUCAAUAAACUCCAAGCACGUAACAAGCAAGAUUGGGAGUUUAUGAACAGCUUAACCAAUUGUACUAAGCUAAAUGCCUUCUCGGUAGAGGGGAAUCAUCUACAAGGCCACAUACCAAGUUCAUUAUCCAACCUUUCCAUUCAGCUUCAACAUCUAUAUUUGGGGCGGAAUCAAUUGGAAGGAGGUUUCCCUUCUGGCAUAGCGAACCUUCCGAACCUGAUUGUUUUAGGAAUGAAUAGCAAUCAAUUUACAGGUACCAUUCCCCAAUGGUUAGGAGCUCUCAAAAAUUUGCAAAUACUAGGUUUAGCUGACAACAUCUUUACAGGGUUUAUUCCAUCUUCCCUUUCCAAUUUAUCUCAAUUGGCAUAUCUUCUUCUAGACUCGAACCAGUUUGUUGGCAACAUACCACCAAGCUUUGGAAAUCUUCAAAACCUUGAAAUAUUGAACAUGUCCAGCAACAAUCUUCAUGGUUUAGUGCCAAAGGAGAUCUUUAGAAUUCCAACACUAAGGGAAAUUUAUUUAUCUUUUAACAACUUCAAUGGACAACUUCCUACCGACAUCGGUAAUGCCAAACAACUCAGAAAUCUAGAACUCUCUUCAAAUAGACUAUCUGGAGAUAUUCCUAGCACUCUGGGUGAGUGUGCAAGUUUGGAAGAUAUCAAGUUGGACUGGAAUGUUUUCAGUGGAAGCAUCCCCACUUCGUUAAGCAAAAUAAGUAGCCUGAAAGUUCUUAGUGUUUCCCACAAUAACAUUACUGGAUCAAUUCCAGUGUCUCUUGGCAACCUACAAUAUCUUGAACAACUAGAUCUGUCAUUCAACCAUCUCGAGGGGGAGGUCCCAAAAGAAGGAAUCUUCAAGAAUGUAACUGCUCUGCGGAUCGAAGGAAAUCAUGGGCUUUGUGGUGGGGCUCUGCAGUUACACUUAAUGGCAUGUUCUGUUAUGCCUUCAAAUUCAAGAAAUCAUAAACUGUUUGCUGUACUCAAAGUGUUAAUUCCAAUAUCUUGCAUGGUCUCACUUGCUAUGGUCAUACUUCUCUUAUUGUUCUGGAGGGGGAGACAUAAGAGAAAAUCCAUGUCGUCGCCAUCACUUGAUAGAAAUCUUCCCAAAGUUUCUUUCAGUGAUAUUGCUAGAGCAACAGACGGGUUCUCAACAUCCAGCAUAAUUGGAAGAGGGAGAUAUGGUACUGUGUAUCAAGGAAAACUAUUUCAAGAUGGAAAUUAUGUUGCCAUAAAAGUCUUCAACCUGGAGACAAGGGGGGCACCAAAUAGCUUCAUUGCAGAAUGUAAUGUCUUAAGAAAUGUGCGGCAUCGUAAUCUGGUUCCUAUACUAACCGCAUGCUCAAGCAUUGAUUCUAAUGGAAAUGAUUUCAAAGCUCUAGUGUAUGAGUUCAUGCCUCGAGGAGACUUGUAUGGACUACUGUACUCAACUCAAGACUAUGAGAGCUCUUUAGAUAUGAUACAUAUUACAGUAGCUCAAAGGCUAAGCAUUGUUGUGGAUAUAGCAGAUGCACUGGAGUACCUACACCAUAACAACCAAGGAACUAUUGUUCAUUGUGAUAUGAAGCCUAGCAACAUUCUUUUGGAUGACAAUAUGACAGCUCAUGUUGGAGAUUUCGGUCUUGCAAGGUUCUUAGUUGAGUCAACGGUAUCAUCAUCUGAUGACUCAUACUCAGCCUCUUCAAUUGCGAUAAAUGGAACUAUUGGAUAUGUUGCUCCAGAAUGUGCGACAGGUGGUCAUAUUUCGACUGCUAGCGAUGUCUACAGCUUUGGAAUUGUUCUAUUUGAGAUAUUCUUACGGAAGAGGCCGACAAAUGAUAUGUUCAAAGAUGGACUAAACAUUGUAAAAUUCGUUGAAAUGAAUUUUCCUGCCAGGAUAUCAGAAAUUAUUGAACCUGAAGUACUUCAAGAUCAGCCUGAGUUUCCUGAAGAAACUCUAGUGGUCGUGAAGGAAAAUGACCUGGACUGUGUAAGUUCAGUGCUAAACAUUGGGCUUCGCUGCACCAAACCAUACCCGAACGAGCGCCCCAACAUGCAGGAAGUUGCUGCAGGGCUGCAUGGAAUCAAGGAAGCUUAUCUCAGAGGGUACUAAGGUACGUUCUUGGAAAAUGAAUAUUGGGAGUAAAUCGCAACGUGCUGGGUGAGCAACACGUUCUGCUUGUGCUGCUCCUCAAGACAGAGCUUCCUCCCUGAUGAUGGUCUCCCAUGCUGUUUGGGUGAUGGAUCUGUUUAAUUCGGGAUAACCUCUUGACUCUUUGUUGUACCUUUUCUGUGUGGAAUCAGCCAACCUUUAUUAGUAGUUUGAUGAAUUAAGGCUACAUGGUCGGCAUGUUGCUAGUACUAUGUAAUAUUACCUCUGUCCCGAAUUACUUGUCUUAAAUUUGUCUAGACAGAAAGUAUGAUGUAUUAGUACGCCCGGGCUAGUAUUGUAGAGCUGGCAACUACUAUUUCUUACAGCCUAAAUGUACAUACCAUAUCUGUUUCCUUGAUUUAUGUUUGUACCAAGUUUGUUGUUCGAACAUUUCAUAAAUUCAAGGUUUGAGGUCGAAUUCCUCAUCUUAUACAU